CCGGAACUGCGGAGCGCCGGGCCCGCCCCACUUCCGGCAGAGAGGGCAGUGCGAGGGAAGAGGCGGAGCGGGAGCUUGGCCCGCUCCGUCUCGACUGGCGUUGCCGCGCGUCUCUGUGACGUCACUGCUCUGUCACUCGGCCCACGUGACUGGGACGCGGGCACUGGCUGGCUCUUCACGUCGCUGGUGACCUCAGCGGGCCCCCCUGCUGUAGUAUUUUCAGCCCGGUAUGGUUUCCCGGAAAGGCAGCAUCGGGGACCAGGCUCAGAACUCUUCCCAUUCGGCUGGCCGUCCCGGUGCCGUGUGGUACUUACCCUGGAUCCCAGCUCCCCGCGCUACCGGCCGGGCCUCGGGAUGCCGGGCGUCUCCGCCCGGGGCCUCUCCCUGGAGGAGCGGAGGAAGCUAGCUGUGAACCUCACCCGUGUCCUGGCCCUGUACCAUUUCAUCCUGGACGCCUACAUCAUCGAAUUUUUCACAGACAACCUGUGGGGCACACUCCCUCGCUCGUGGCAGGAAGCACUGGACGGACUGGAGCCACCUGAGCUGGCCACACAGCUGCUGGGGAUGCCUGGAGAAGGGGAGGUGGUCAGGUACAGGUCGGUGUGGCCACUCACCCUACUGGCUCUGAAGUCCACAGCCUAUGCCCUGACUUUUACCCGGACACCCAGCUUUCAGACCCCCUCUGAGUUUCUGGAGAAUCCCAGCCAGAGCUCCAGACUGACAGCUCCCUUCCGGAAACAUGUCAGGCCCAAGAAGCAGCAUGAGAUCCGCCGGCUGGGAGAGUUGGUGAAGAAGCUGAGUAACCUCACUGGCUGCACUCAGGUUGUGGACGUGGGCUCGGGCCAGGGCCAUCUUUCCCGCUUCAUGUCUCUGGGGCUGGGGCUGAUGGUGAAGAGCAUCGAAGGGGAUGAGAGGCUGGUGGAGCGGGCACAGCGCCUGGACCAGGAGCUCCUGCAGGCUCUGGAGAAGAAAGGGAACCCCCAGGUGGCCCCAGGGGGCCCUCGCCACUGCCCCUACCACGUGGCUCGGUGGGUCGAGCCCACAGCCCUGUGUGAGGAACUUCUGCUUCCCCUGGAGAAGCCACAGCAGGGUGGUGGUGCCCGCUUGCUGCUGACGGGCCUCCACGCCUGUGGGGACCUGAGUGUCGCCUUGCUGAGGCACUUCUGCUGCUGUCCUGAGGUAGCAGCUCUGGCCUCGGUGGGCUGCUGUUACAUGAAGCUCAGCGAGCCUGGUGGCUACCCGUUGAGCCGCUGGGUGGCCGGACUGCCUGGCUGUGAGCUGCCCUACAGGCUCCGGGAGGGGGCCUGCCAUGCCCUGGAGGACUAUGCCGAGCGGCUGCAGAGAGCUGGCCCCAGCCUCCGAACCCACUGCUACCGUGCGGCGCUGGAGACUGUCAUCCGCCAUGCCCGACCCGAGCUCCGUCGCCCCGGCGUGCAGGGGAUCCCCAGGGUCCAUGAGCUCCAAAUUGAAGAAUACGUGCAGCGGGGCCUACAGCGAGUGGGGCUGGACCCCCAGCUGCCGCUGAACCUGGCUGCCCUUCGGGCUCAUCAGUCCCAGGAGAACCGGGUGGUGGCCUUCUUCAGCCUGGCCCUCCUGCUUGCCCCACUGGUGGAGACGCUGAUUCUGCUGGACCGGCUACUGUACCUCCAGGAGCAAGGCUUUCAUGCUGAGCUCCUGCCCAUCUUCCGCCCUGAGCUGUCCCCCAGAAACCUGGUCCUGGUGGCCACCAAAGUGCCCCUGGGUCACGCCUUCUCUGCUCUGGAGACUGAAGACAGCUGACAGCUCGAGGGGGACAUGGGAGCCAGAAGGGCAGAGUGCACCUCCCCACCCAGGAAGCAGCACCCUUGUCCUCCCUCGGAUCCUCCAAGCUAAUACUCUCUCCUGCCACGUAUUUUGUCACACUGAAGUUUUCAAUUUAUUAAAACCCACAAGACUUAUUUCCUACCUGUUUCUAAGAAGUAUGGAAAGGACAGGUACAUACCUGCCCUGCAGAGUGCCACUGUCAGGUGCCACUGCUCGAUGCCCUCCCCAACAGGUGGCCUGGGUGGCACCAUCUGUUGCUCAGAGCUCUCCAUGGAGGGAACCGCUGUCCCUUUGGUUCCUUUCCAUCCCACCCCAUCCCUAGGAAGGCCAC